AUGGAUUCGAUUCACAUCCACGUUGAUGGUACAGCCAACAAGCUUGCCAGGUCAUUCGAAAACACCAAUAACUGGUCAACGGAUCAAAUCCUGAGGCAGACGGGACAUCUGUCGGAUCUUAUGCGCAAGCUCAAUAACCGAGUGAUGAGCGACACUGAAGUGACGAGAGAGCUGCAGAGGGUCAUGAUGGAAGUGAAGAUUCAAGUCGGCGCUAUACAGCGCGAGCAGCGUCAGAUGGAGGACAGGAUGACACAGCUCUUCCAGUGUGAGUACCACAAGCUGAAGGGCGAGAUUAACGUGUUGGCUUCGACUGUAAGGUCCAACCUCCCCCACGACCCGGCACAGGAUGCAAGGUCCAUGAAUACCAGGUUGCAGGGGAGUCAAGACUUCACCAAAGGGAGUAAAGACAAUGAAAGGCCCCAGCAGUUCAGGAAGAUGAAGUCACGUCAGAUGAAGAGGGAAGAUGUGGUGACAAAGAAAAAAGAGAGCAGAGGAGGGGAAGAACACAACUGUGAAUCUGUCGCACUGAGCGAAUACGCUGAGGAACACACACUUACUGAUAACGUUCCAACACCUAUGUCAGCCUUCCCCACUCCAAGUUCCCAUGGCGAUGACUGGAAAGAUCACUUCACUGAGUCUCACCCCAGAAGACUCAUCCUGAAAGACCCUAGCAAAAUAUCCACUGGGAGUCCAGAACCUCUGCCCAGCAGCUCCAUUAAAGGCAAAGAAAGAGCCGCUAGCAGCAAAACUCUCGUCCACAAAGCAAGCACUGAGAUCAUGAAGUUCCCAGCUAAGAUGGGCCUUUUCUAUCCUUUCCGCCGUGGCCGUGAUCGGCGUAGCAGCGAAAGCAAAAUUGCGAGCCACUCCUUGCCUCCUACCAAGCGCAGCGACGAUAAAACCUCCGAAGAGCGAGAGUCCAGGAAGCAAGAACCACUUCCGUUCACACCCCCUACGCAGACAAGCGCCAUCGCUACUACUGCGACAGAGCAUCGCCAAGUGGAAGUUAGCCCCAGCAGAGUCCAUCCCGCCUUGCGCAAUCCUGCUCAGCAGCAGAUCAUGGCUGAACGUGAGCGUCUCAAGACUCAAGAUACUAUGACACCCAGGCAGCUCCUACGAUCCUCCAGAUCCUUUCAGGACUUGAAUUCUCGCUCCAGAAAUGCUGCAUCGUGUGACUGGAUUGAUAGCUCAACCGAAAGUCCUUCGAAGUCCACAACUCGCAGUCAGAACCAGCAGGAUCUCGCUAUGGGAUUCCUUGCUCUUUCAACAGCUUCACUCCGCCCAUCUGCUACAGAAGAUUCACCGUUGACAACUUUCGCUGAAGCACGGAUGUCUCGGGCUUCAGAUGUUUCAUUUGGUUACCGUGGCCCAACCCCUCCUCCCAGAGAGUCUGAAGCGAGCGAGUCGAGCCUACCAACCUGGUACCAGGCAGCCUAUGCAUACAAGUCCAUCGAGAGGCCAGAAAACGAUUGA